AUAUUUACUUUUUAAUGUGUUUUGUAUGAAGGAGCAAUUUAAAAACUUUUAUAUACUUUGAUGACUAUUACAAUUGCAGGUUUUAUGUAGUUUAUGCUUUCAUAACAAAUCUGUAAAUUGUUUCUUGAGAUUUUUAGAACCGAACACUCUAGUUGUGUUUGCUGCUGUUGAAAACUUGUCUUUUCUGCUCCUGCCAUAGCAUUUUGCUGGGAAUAUCUGGAACUAAUGCAGUGUGGACACUUGGCUUCCUAGCUGCUAUUCCACUGAGUUUCACAUUUUAAAAACACAGACUCACCCUGUAAAAGCUGAAAUAUCAAAGUACUUUUAAAUAUAAAUACUUUAUAAAAAUAGGAAUUAGCACUGAUUCCUUCUUAUUCUAGCAAUGCUCCAGCCCUGUAUAAAUAAACAAUGAAAAAGUCUGAUGAUAUGAAUAUAGAUAAAAUAAAACUUGAAAAUUGCUUCUGAGGACACUAAGUUUGAACAAUCUCAUCACUGGAGAUUAAAAAUUCCAUCAUUUGGAUAAAUGAAAAUGGGUAAUGUCUACAUGGAAGUGAUGGGAAACAGAGUUGCUAUUACAAUACAGGUAAGCAAGGGAUUUUGCUAACUGGCCAUGUAUAAUUGCCUAUUUUAAUAGUCCACCCCUGAUUAUCUGUCUGGCUUGGAUAUGUUGUUGUGAAAUGACUUCCAAAAGACAUUGAUAGUCCAGACUUUUCAUGAAUUCACAUCAUGGCUCUUUGUCUGGUUUAGAAAAAUUUGUUUCCAGUGUCCAUUUCUACUGCAGAAGGAUUCAAUGCCUGGGCACCAAAACAGGAGGUGGUGGCUGCCUCCCUGAGCUGACACUGGUCUUACUCUGCCCCCAAAGUCUACACACUCAGUUCAUCCACAUGACCUGUUCAGUGCAUUAUUUUAUUUGGAAUUCUGUCACUGGAGGGGAAAAAAGUGCAUUUUAAAGAAUAAUUUUGAUGGCAUGCUGUGUAAUAGAACCAUUAUAUUUGUGUCUUCAGGAUGUUGACCUGAAAGCAUGUCAGGGAGCUUUAGGUGACUGCUGUCCACCUCAAGGAGAGGAUCAGUUGGAACUGCAAGAAGAAGAAGAGAAAGACAUAAAUCAAGUGAACUUACUGGAAGAUACACAAGUUGCUACUUCUAGUAAAGACCAAGACCCAUCAUCCUCAGACCACAAUAUAAAUUUGACCCAGACACUUCAGAACAGUUUUGGUCCUUCUGAUGCCAUGCUACUAGGAACAGACUACCCCACUCAAUUAAAUUCAAAACCAAGACACUUACAAAGGCAAGAGUUCUUUCCUCAAUCAAGCUCUGGUAUCACAAAUCCAGAAUCACUGUUUCAUGGGUCAAAUUUGACAGGGCUGUUUUCAGCUGCUGACAUUAGAAAUCUAACAGCCCAUGAUGAUAGUUUUGAUGAAAUUAAGCUCAUGUCUUUGGCUUUGGAGGAAGGCUUUAGUCCUAUAGAAGUUUCUCAGAUGUUUGAAGAGCCUGGCUCAGAUUUGGGACCAUCUUUGAAUUCAAAUCACUGCACCACCUCUUAUUCAAUCUGCUGUGAAGGUUCUGUUGGGUACAGCAGUGGUGUUAAAUCUGCUCCUUCACAUGGCUUAGGAGCUGUUGGUGGCCACUGCCAAGAAAACAUUAAGCACAGCCACGUGGAAUAUCCGGGUGAUACAGAGUGUUCUGCAGAAGCCACACUUCAGCAGUUUCUUCAAAAUCACACAUACAAUCAGGUGCCAAGUCAAACAGUAUCCACUCCACAGCAUCAUCAACAGAUGUGGAUGAAGAAAUCAAACGAAGUGAAAGAUGGGUACCACAAUUCUACUGCUACAAACCGGAGCAGAGAUGAAUGUCGUGCAAAAGCUCUGAGAAUACCAUUUUCAGUUGAUGAAAUUGUGAGCAUGUCUGUUGACUCUUUCAACGCCAUGCUAGCAAAGAACCAGCUAACAGAAACUCAGGUAUCACUUCUGCGUGACAUCAGACGAAGAGGAAAAAACAAAGUAGCUGCACAAAAAUGUCGUAAACGCAAACUGAAUGCAAUUCUUAACUUGGAAGAAGAUGUGUGUAACCUCCAAACACAAAAGGAGACCCUUAAAAAGGAGCACUCCCAGUGUAGCAAAUCUAUCAACCAGAUAAAGCAAAAAUUAAACUACUUGUACCAUGAAAUUUUCAGCAAACUGAGGGAUGACCAGGGUAGACCUGUUAACCCGUGCCAAUAUGUCAUUCAUUGCAGUAGCAGUGGUAGUGUUUUCAUAAUGCCCAAGCACUUGGCCAAAUCUGAACAGAAACAAGAUAACAGGAAAGAGCAGAAACAAAAGUAAAAUGACUGGACAUCACCUAAAUCACCUUUUUUUCACCUGAAAGGAUGAUAAGAAUACUUGAGUGAAGACUAAAGGUCAGUGAUUACAGCAGUUCAAACAGCAACAACUACACUUGAGGAGGAACACUGUGUUGAAGGGUCUGGCAAACCCAACCAGCUGUGAUCUAUUAGAAGAUCCAUGAGCUGAGGCCUCUAGAUGAGGAUAUCUGUUUAGUUUUAGUUAGAAUUAAAGGAACUAGACCAUCAGUGUAGUGUAGCUUUACAGACCUGUGUUAAAACUAGGAAUUUAGUUACUGGUAAUGGGGGCAGAGGGGAAGAACAUUAGUGAGGGAUAAAACUCAACUUUAGAUUGUUACACAUGCAAGAAAAAGUUUUAGUCUUGAAUACUCUAUUCUUUAUACAUAAAAUGACCUUUGUUCUCUAGCACUGAAAGAAAAAAUACAGUUCUAGUGCAUCUUCAACUUAAAUUCACUGUAGGUUUCCAUAGGCUCCAGAGAUAACUGUAUGCUUUGCAUUUAUUCAGAAUAGCUCUGCUUUUCCUAGUUUUCCUGUGAGGAGAGCAGCCCAGGGGGCUACUGCAUUUUUCCUCACUACUUUCACCAUCAUAACGCCAAGCAAAGAUCAUCUGCCACUUAAUUUUACAACUCAUAUACUCAGUCUGCAAACAGAUGCUGAAAAAGUGUCUGAUUCAAUCCUGUCUUACCUUCAUCCUAUGCAACUGAAUCAUUCUCAACUUUCUUCCACAAAAAUGCCCAAUGCUGGAGUUCCUGUUCAGUUUCCUAGUGACUGUCAUACUUACCUCGUGUACCUUCUCUUUUCCUUCCAUUUUGACACCUUCCUAAAGACGUACUUGAGGUUUUUCUCUAUGGCUUUUUUUAACUAGUAUUUUUUAAGUGUCUUUAAUGUCCCCAAUUUAAUUUUUUAUAAUAUACAUUUUACCUAGUCUUUAAAUUAAAUUGAACCAAAUUACUAUUUAUCUAUACUUGUAGUUAUGAGGUUACACUUUGAUAGUGCUCCAAAUGAAGAGUUUUUUGGUUUGACAUUUAUCUGUGCUAUUUAAAAGAGGUUUUAUUCACUCAUGUACUUCCAACAUCCUAUCCUUUACUGUUUUACAGCGUGAAAAAGGUCUGCAAAAGAGAUGGCCUAAAAGGCCUGUAAUGAAUGAUAAGGAAGGAGUGUUGAGGUGUAUUAUGAUGAAAAUAACUACUACUAUUAGUGUCUAGAUAACAGCAAAUACUUUUUGUUCGCUUUACUUAAAAAGUUCUCAUUAGUCAUGGUAUGAUGACAAUGGAGCAAAUUUGCAUUCAGGUAUCUUCAAAAUCACUUGUACCAAACAUGUGAAAACUACACAUACGAGGUUAAAUGCCAAGUAAUACCCACUGAAAAAACAAACUGCCACUAACAUGGAAGUCACAUUGGCUGCUUGCACUAGUCUAUAAAAAUUGGUAAGAUUAAGUGGCAUUUUCUAAAAAGGGAGUCCUAAGGUAGUGACAAAUGCACUGAACUAUCAAUAAUGAAAUCAGCCUAUCUGAACAAUUUUCUCAGCAUUUUCUAUUAAAAGGUUUCUUCAAAUAAAUGUGUGCAUGUGUUCUUUACCGGUUUCACCACAGCCUCAAAUUGCUAAAGUACAAAUUCAUAGCAGCAAGUCUCAUGACUGAGGCCGUGCAAUUUCUUGUUGUUGGUUAAGCAUGAGAUGCAGGUGUCCCAGUUGGUAUUCACAUGGAAUUUGUCUACUAGCUAGGCCAAACUUCAAUCAAAACAUGCAAUAGGUGUCAGAUACUACAUAUGAUGAACUGUGAACUUUAUUUCUCUAUGUAGGGGGAAAAAAAGUACAUAUUCAAAUCAGCAUGAUCAUAAUAGAUUAAAUGACAUCAUAAACAUUUUAAAAUCCAUGCACUUACCCUCUGCAGGAUGAGGUCUUUAAACCUACUUCACUGCCCGUGUGCCUAAAUUCUGCUAGCUACUAGAUGAGGCUCCUAACUGAGAAAUCUAGAAAGCCAAGUAUUUCUGUUUUAGAGCCUCUCAUGGGGACAAGAGAAAAAAAACUGAAUCUUUUGGUGCCCACUCCUUCACUAGCAAUGGCAGGUGAGCUCUGUGGAUUUUUCUAAGGCCAGCUGUUAAUGGAGUAUUGUACAUAGCAAACUGGGAAACAGCUACAUGGUUAAAUUUUGGCCCAUGCCAAAAAUAAAGCAUACUGUAACCCUUUGAGAACACAAUCCCAAUGGAAACCUUUUACUCCAACUGAUCCAUUGAAGACAUCAGCCCCAAUCCCAUUCCAUUACCUGUCAAUUUGCAGAUUGUAAAGGAUUAUGAACUGCCCUCAGCUAAUUCAACUGUCAUUACUGCCCAGUAACUGUAUGUCUUUAACAAGCUGAUGAACCUCAGUUCCUCAGAACCCAACAAGCAACUCUACCCUUAAAAAAACUCUGGAGCUGAAAUUCUAGUUGUGGAUGGACUGCAACAAUAUUAAUGACACAAUGAGUGUUCUGUAUGGAUAUGUAUUUUUUCAAACCAUCAGGUACCUGCCCACAGGACAAAACCAUAGGUAGAAUUCAGACCAAUGUCCUAUUUUUUAAUUGGAGUAGACACAUUUCAUCUAAAAGCCGUUGAAGUGUCUUCCCUUUCUGCAGCUAGCACGUGUUUAAAGAAAAAUACCAAACACACACACACAAAAAAAAUCCACACCAAACAAAAAUCCCUAAACAUUGCCUGGUCUUGGCUAUGCUUUAUAGUUUGAUGUCAUCAAAUGAUGUGUGGUUAGGAUAGACAGCCUGAAGCUUCUGAUACGCUUUAUGUACUGGCCUUAGACCGUAUCUGCAACCUCUAUACCAAAAUAGACACUCUAUUUUUGAACUUUUCACAUAAACUUUUCAUGUAAAGGACUGGUCAAAGAAAGUUGUUACUGAAAGGGUUGUAAAAUGUGGAUAACACCCAACUGCUGAAGUCUGUCUUGGCUUUAUUAUUGACAGAUCCUAAAUUUUCACAAAAUCAAAAUCCCAAGUGUACAAAUCAGGAGCUUUAGUGCAUGAAAAGAAACCAUGUGGUAUCCUACUCUGGAGCCAGAUGUGACAAAGCCAUUACAGCUGUAUCUUACCUUAAUACUACUCUGAAACACAGGUCUGAUGUUAGGCUGGAAACACUUUUUAAUUAUAUAUUAUUUAAUUAUAUUUUAAUUAUAGGUAGGAAACCACUAAGCUGAUGAUUAUAAACAGCUGUUGACAUCAAAAAACAAAUACAGAAGAGGAAGAAAUCAUUAAAAUACUGUUCCCAUGGCAAAGCUUUUAAGUAGUCUGCAACACUUCAGAGGUAAACUACAUUUCUGUAUUGUUAAUAAGAGCUUAUCUGUAAGAAGUUAGGAAAGGUCAGAUUAAGUAAAAGGAAAAACUGGGUGGUGUGCCUGUGACUGUGCACACAUACUGUAUUCCCAUUACUGAUCGCAGCAAGAUGUACUACCUGCUGGCCAAGAUUCACACCUGGUCUGGAGAAACAUCCACCAGUAACAAAUGCAAGCCAAGUACUCCAUCAAACUGCAAACCCAUUUCAUUUUUUCUGAUGUGUAAGGCUGGACAGUCCUAUAAAGGCAUCUUGCAAACAAGCACACCCAGAACAGACAGCAUUCUGCUAAAACACUACAUGCACUUUGAGAAUGACCAAUACAGUAAAGUACAGCUUUAAAUUAACGUUUUAGGUUUUAGGUUUUAUUCAAUAGUUCUGUCUCUUUACAACGCCAAACUUUACAAGCUAAGGAUGUUCCUGCUCAAGAGCUUACAGUCUAGUCUUAGAUGGGGAACCAGAAAAAACUUCAAUGAGGAAAGGACAAAGCACUUCAGGAGUAUCAGCUUGUCAGUCUUUGUCUAAAACACACACACACACACAUUAGUAGUUCUUUCUCUGAGAGCAAGUACAGCUCUAACGAUCUUGAGGGCAGAGGUGGCAGAGACCUAUAAAUGAGGCAACAGGACACUCAACAGCAGGGUGUAGUGAAAAACACUUUUAUUUUAUGUAAACCAAAUAGAGAUGGCAGAUGUAACCAGGUGAAGUCUUACUACUGUAGUGUACCUCAUGAAGUACUGCAACUUGACACCUGCUGCACAGCUACUAGAACUCUGAUGUCCAUCAGCCACCCAUUUUCAUUCAAGAAUGCCCCAAAAUGAACCAAGCAAGGGGGAGAGUGCUGGAACAGCAAUUUUCUAGGACUUUCCCCCAGUCACCUUUUUGCACAGUGGAGCAGCAUGGGAGGUCACACAAGCUAGUCUGUGAGGUGCCCAAACACUGUUGACCUAACAUGUUCAUAGCACUCUGUCAGGCAAGUCUCACAAGUAUUUAUACACUGUUAAUUUUACUGCUGAUAGAAAAACCAGUUCUUGCUCCAUUAAGAGUAACUCCUGACAAAAUUUCUGUGCAACACAAACCAACAGUAGCUGCAAAGCAAAAACAUGACCAUUAAAAGGGACAGUACUUCUGGCAAAAUGGAUCAAUACCCAGGCAAACCCUUCCAUAUGACACUCCUAUGCAUUCCUAGACACACUGAAUGGUAUGGUUGAAAAAACAUGGCUGAAGAGGAACAGCCAUCUCCCUUAGGCAGAAAAGAAGCAACAGCACUACUACAGGGUUCCACUUGCGUCACACACUCUGCUUCAAAAAUGAACUGAAACACUAAACCUGCAGGUAAUGUACAGCCCCAAUAUGUUCCCAGCAGCAAAUGAUCCCCCACCAAUGAGGUCCAGCUGCCAAAACAAACUCAGUUGGUAACAGUUUGAAAAUUCAGAUCCAUUUCUGGGGCUUGGGUUUUCUGUCCCAGAAGUGGUAUGAUUUCAUCACCAAGAGAUCAUGUACAUUCAUCAUCAUACUAAAAGAAUACAGUCUUUCCUACACAUCACAAAGUUCAAGUCCUGUUCAUUUCACAGUGUAACGGCAAUUGUUCACAUUUUCUUGAGUGUUUUUUAGCACCUGCAGCACAAUAGAAGUAGAAUUCAACUUUCAUUGUAAGUAACACAAAGUCUGAGUGGCCAGAACCCUACUACUGACCCUUUUUCACCAUCAUUUUGUAAAUACAAGUAAUACUAUUUUUGGGUGGUCUUUGGCUCACACACCAGUUAUCAACAAGUUCUGUUGUUUUUCUUUCUCCCCUCAGUUUGCUGCACAAAGUGUUCACUGGGGGAAGGCUGGACUUAGUACUGACAACCGGAUCCUCAGCUGUUAGUACCUGGAAACACUGUAAUGUUACACUUAUUUGGAAGACGAAGUCUGUAGUGACAAAAUCCUACUUGAUAAGUAAGAAUCCAUUGCCUACAAAUUGAUGACCAGUGACUGACCACACAAUUUGAAGCUGCUAAAAGCUUCCAGUAUCAGGCUGACUCAGAACUGUUACUUCCCUCACCACAUUCAUUGGUGAACACUGUUGACUGUCACGUGCCUUAACUUUUAAGACCACACCAAGAGAAAAGUCGUGGAAGUUCAACAGUAGGACAUCAGAAAACUUAAAAUACACCAGAUUUUCAAACCUCAACUUUAAAUAUCCAGUAACUUCACUCUUGUGCAGUGCUGUCCCCCUGUACACUCCCUUCCCUCAGUGCCAACAGAUCAAAAUAAGACAGUACUCAUUAUGGAAACCAUGCUCAAUUAAAGUAGAUUUUAAACCUUGUUACUAAACUACUGAAAUAGUAUUUUAAACAGAAAAAUAAUUACUGCCCUUUGAAGUGGUUUUGUUAGUUCUUUAAAAUGGUAUAUGAAUGUGGACUUGGCAACUGUAAAGAAAAAACUUUCAUCAACUACAUCUAAGUUAUAGGAAAGAAGGUAAAUUCCUUAUGAUCUGGUCAUUCUGUUGGAAAGAAGAAAGUAAAGGAGACUUGUGCAUCUUCAUUUUCUACUUCCGUUGCAGCCCACCGGUCACCUAUGCAAGUAUUUCAAAGUUCAGCUUAAACAGAAAAAAAUUGUAUGUGAAUCCUUAAACAGUAUUUAAAGGUUAAAGACUCGAUGAUUCUGCCAAAGCAUAUAAAUUUCAACUUUUGAAUAAACCAUGCAUGAAGAUAAAUGUUAAAAUAGAAUAACCUCAGGAUACACUCCCCAACUGAAGCUUUCCCAAGCUCACACUUGGUGUUUGUUUUAAUAGUUUCAUUUGGUUUGGCAUUUUUUGUUUUGGUAUUUUGAUUCUGCCCCCAGAUGCAGCUAUGGGUAAUAGAGUUUUGUACAGCAGGUCUGUCUGUCUUCAUGCUAAAAGCUCUUUAGAAGUGAAAAGGAUAAAGCUCUUGUCCUAUUGCAUCUGACAAACUGACUUAGGUCAUAGUUUUUUUAACAGGCAAGUAUGAGGUAAUAUAAAACGCAGCCAAAAAAAAGCUAUUUUUAAGCACUUGUGUCCAACAGCACAGAUAUCAGCACUUUAAAUUUGCAGCACUGUUUCUCCCAGAAGAGAACAGAUGCCCAUGGUCAGAGAAACAAGUUCCAUGAACACACAUGGCAAACUGAUUGUUUUAAAUUCACCUCAAAAUGGAAUGUUUCAAAUCAUGAAAGGGUCUAAACAUAAACAUUAUUUAAUGUUAAAUACACACUAAAUUUUUAUUAAGCAUUACACUAGAACUACUUUGGUAUAAAAAUACUUUAUUUUAAAGCUAUGAAAGUUAUAAAUAUAUGUAGUUAAACUUUCUACUCACAGAAUGUUUGCUCUUUUAACAUUAGUGAUUUGUUUCUCCUAACGAAUCUGAAUUUUAUUCGAAAGGUUUACAAGACAUUAUUACUGUAAUUUAAAAAA